UUCAUAUGUUAAGAGGAAAAUGUCAGAGACAAACAUUGUUUACAUGUAACUUGGGAACACCACCAUGUUCUCUGGUGUUUCGUAAUUUUUAGGUCUGAGGAAAUAUGUGUUUUACUGUUAAGGAAUUGUAUUUAUAUCCUAUACGCUAAUGCCGAUAUAUUAUAAUUUGACAUAUAUAGGCCUAAUCAGGAAAGAAAAUGGGUUGUGCGUCAGGGAAGGCAUCCGUUGGUGUCGUCAAUCAUACUCCGAAAGUGAAAGAAGGUUUCGUUGAAAUUUUUUCUUCCAGCUGUUUUGGUGGUGACUGGGAACGGAAGUAUCUUGUCCUGUAUCAGGACUCUGUCAUUCAGUGGUUCAAUGAGCGCUUUGAUGGCAAUCCUUUAGGACAGACGCGACUCAAGUCUGUUGCUAGCCAUGUUGGAUUUGGUAGUAUGUGUAUGCGGAUUCCGGACAGACCUGAUCUUCCACAAGGGCAAACCCUUGAUUCACUCAUGGCUUUGCCAAGUGACAAACCUGUGAAAGGAAAAAGAAAAAACAAGAAUUUGCUUGUCAUAUGGGUCUUGUUUUCAGGGGACUCGGAUGCAAAAGCUUGGGUAGAUGCAUUUCAAAAAGUGCUACCUCCUCCGCCCCAGCCAACUCAUCCUCCUCCUUAUGCACAAGCGCAACAACAGCAGAACGCCCAGCAAACAGUGCCAUAUGGAUUUAAUCCAGCAGUUUAUCCUCCCAAUGGAGCUCCUAACCAGUACGGCCAACAACCUUAUGGAGCACCCCAGUAUGGCUACCAGCCUUAUGGUGCACAACAGCAGCAGCAGCAGCAUUAUGCAGGACAACCUACAACUGUGGUGGUAAACAACACAACUCAUACUCAAACCAACCAUAGUAGUGGUGAUGGAUUCGCGACAGGUUUACUACUGGGUGGAGCGCUAGGCUAUGGAAUGGCUCGUCCCUAUGGCUGGGGAUAUGGAUGGGGAUGGGGAGGUUAUGGCUAUGGAUAUCAUGGAUGGGGCUCUGGGAGCUGGGGUAGUUUUGGCUCCCAUGGCUGUGGGGGCUACGGUGGGGGCGGAUGUGGUGGUGGUGGUUGUGGGGGUGGCUACGGAGGUGGUUGUGGGGGAGGAGGUGGUGGUUGUGGAGGUGGUGGUGGUGGAUGUGGAGGAGGCGGUGGAUGCGGAGGCGGGGACGGAGGUGGUGGUGGUUGCGGAGGUGGUGACGGAGGUGGUGGUGGUUGCGGAGGUGGUGACGGAGGUGGUGGUGGUUGCGGAGGCGGUGACGGAGGUGGUGGAGAUGGAGGUGGUGGCUGCGGUGGUGGCUGUGGAGGGGGUUGUGGGGGAGAAUAA